CCGCGCCGCUGGAGAGUCGCAGAAGGUCCGCGCUUCAUCCUCCGCAGCAGAGCUGCCGCGUACACAGCAGAACUGGCGACCAUGGCAGGCAACAAGAAAGCCCAGGAGACGGCAACCGAGGACCUGGGGGCGCUGCUGGACGCGGAGGACGGCGCGCUGGUGACGCUGGUGGCGGGGCGGACGCGGCUGGUGGUGCACCGGGCCGUCCUCGCAGCCAGGAGCCCCGUCUUCGAAGCCAUGUUCCGCCACGACACGCUGGAGGCCAGCAGCGGCGUGGUGAGCAUCGCAGACGUGGAGGGCCCGGCGCUCAGGCAGCUGGUGGCCUACGUGUACACGCUGCGGGCCCCCAGCGUGCCCGGCACGGCUGCGCAGCUGCUAGCGGCCGCCGACAAGUACGGCCUGCUGGAGCUGAAGGCCCACUGCGAGCGGCAGCUGGCCGCCGAGCUGGCCGUGGAGAGCGCGGCGGCCACGGCGGUGCUCGCCGUCAGGCACUGCUGCCCCAGACUCGCCCAAGUGGCCGUCGCCUUUGUCGAGGCCAACUCCCAGGUCUUGGCCACGCAGGGGUGGGCUGACGCGGUGCGCAGCCACCCUAAAGAUGUUGUCGAAGUGAGUCGGCUGAUUGCUGUGACUUCAGCGAGAUCCAGUGCGCCAGCCACUAAUAGGAGGAGGCACAACGCGGGCCCGCAGCCAAACAGCGACCACGACGGAACUCCUGCCACAGCUGCGCUGCCCGUGACUUCCUGUAACACUCCUCCGUCUGAUGACACCACCAUCUCUCGCAUGUGGAGUCUUUCUGGAGAGGAGAAAGCCAGGAGGCUGAAGCAGGCAGCUAAGUCAGGAUCAGUGCAGGAGCUGCGAGCGUUGCUGUCUGUGGGUGCAGAUGUGGAUGCGGGGGACAGACGUGGGUGGACCGCCCUGUACUGUGCGGCACUGGAGGGACACGUGGAGGCUGUGAGGAGCCUGUUGGAAGGUGGUGCAGACGUGGUUGCCAGAGACAAGUGGCAGAGCACACCUCUGCACUGUGCCGCCUGCUGGGGCCACGCGACUGUGGUGUGGCUUCUUCUGACAGCCUCGGCUGACCCUAACGCGAGGGAUCAGUGGCGGCAAACUCCACUGCACUGGGCAGCGAUGAAUGGCCAUGCAGAGGCAGUAGCUGAGCUGCUCGAGGCGGGAGCCAACAAGGAGGCUAGGGAUGAGGAGGGGAACACCCCCGUGGACCUUGCCAGGCUGUUCAACAAGCAGCAGGUUGUCGAGAUGCUGAAGUAAUGUUAACAUAAUGUUAGUAAAACAAAUACAAUUUGGUACAGGACUUUUUAUAAUUUUUAAAGUAAAGAGUAUAAACAAUUA